CAUAAUAAAAACAAUGAGCUUGCCUAAAAUUGGUGGCUGUGUUCGCAGCGGUUAAAAAUCUGUGCUGAGCGGGGACUGUGUGCUCUUGCGUGUAGCACCGUUGCGUGUAAAAUCUUGGCACAGUGGUACAUCCAAGAUGCAUUCUGCUGCAAUGUUCUCAGCUCUCUUGAUCAUUGUUGCCUCUUUUACUAUCCAUGAUACUGAGGCCCUCUAUGAAGAUGUGAGAUGUAAGUGUGUUUGUCCCAACCCAAAUGUUGUUAAUGGGUCAUCAUCUGACAGAAAACUCUACAUUGCCAAUGUGGCUCCAAAUCUGUGCAAUUGUGACAAUGUGAUUCUGCCGGAGCUGCCUGCGAAUUUCUCGAAAAGUCGUGAAUUCUGUCCGCUUUGUGAAUGCAAGUUUGAAAGCAGGAAUACCACCACGAUCAAGGACGAGUUGAGCGGCCGGAUGGCGCAGCCGCUGUACGAGCAGGGCAGCGUGCUCAACCGCGUCGGCAACCGGCAGGACCGCUGGAAGCGCCAGGUGCAGGAACAGCGCAACAACAUCUACGUGCGCCGCACCAUGCUCAACUAGCGUGGCCGGGGCCUCUGUGCGCCGCGUCGGGCCGGGGCUGCGGUGGCGGCCGCGUGGAGGCCGGCCGGUGCUCUGGACAGGCUCCGGCGUGCGGCGCGUGACGUUUGCUGGGAGCCGGGCGGCGCGGAGCGGGGCCGGUCGGCGCUGGGUUGCUGGCCUGGGCCGCUCGGGAGACGGCGUUGCGGUCCGCCCGCGUGCGAUGGACCCGGUCCGGCGGGCCGCUACCCCAACGGUGGUCCGGACGCGACCGCGCCAGGUCAGGCGCGAAGGAAACCCUGCCGGCGCCACGGCGGAAGUCGCAGCUUCUGAGGACGCCGGAGCGCCAGUAGAAGGGACGUGGGCAAUGGGCAGGGAACGAGCGGGACUGAUCGUGAACUCCAACGACGCGUGGUGCCGCGGCCGCUGGCGGCUGCUCGCGGGGUAUACGGGAUCGCCUACGUUCGCCGCCGAUGGGCGGCGCCGUCGGGACGGUUACCCGGGGAGGGGAGGGGGCUUGGCGAACGGCUGCGUGUGUCAUUCGACACACCUCCCGGCGCGCCGGGCGCUGCGGGAUCUUCGCACGCUGUGUAUCGCCGUGCGUCGCCCCCCGCCCUGUUUAUGUUGUCUGAUGUCACUGGUGAUAGGCGACCUCUGGUCAGCCUGCGAGGCGUUCCUUCAGAUAAACAUAGGCGCGCGUGGCUCGUGGGGCUUCCGGCGGGGAAUGGGCGGCAAACAUGAAACGUUUGGGCGGCAAACAUGAAACGUGCGAUCUGAAAGCUGAACGCUCUGUUCGGUGAUGCCUAGGGUGCAGUUGGUUUCCAAAGCCGGGACAUUUGUCCCCUCUGUUUCAGUUUUGUAACAGUUUCUUGCGUCAUCCAGCGCCCAGACCUCGGCCGAGGUGGGCUGACGGGCAGGUUCUCAACUGAUGCCCUGGUAGUCUUGUCGGCACGUUUUGUUAUGUGCCGUAGCCGACAUCCUAGGCAGCAUAUUCCAGUUAAAAAUGGUUUGUGCCCGUUGUAACCGGUGUGAGUGAGUUUCCACUGUUCCACGCGUGAGCGGCGACCUAAAAAAUAAGUCCAAAAUAGUAUUAUUCUGAUCUUCGGAUCAGAUUUAACCCAGAACCAGAUCAGACGCUCUGCACACCUGGGCCGAACCACAUCAUUGAAACGACCGGACUGGAAUGUGUGGAACAUCCUGACCUGACAUAGUAUUUUGGAUGGGGAAACGGGCAUUGCACGGGGUAGAGUAAAGGGACGACAUCGUACUUGGUUAAUUUUGGGGGGCACAUGCCCCGUUGUCUCCCUCGUAUGCACACUCAUGCCUGUACGUGUUUCGAAUAAGUGCGUGUGUCGCGCCGCCACUGUUGAGCUCACGGGUGGUGCGCCUGGGGGUCGGACGGGGCGGCGCCGUCAGCGGCCCAGAGUGGCCGGCGUCCGGGGGCCGCCCAUCGCCGCUGCCUGUGCCCCGUGGGUGUGUGGCGCCGCUGCAGACACGUGCCGUUCAGCGAUGUUUGAAACGUGUCAUGUUCAUGUGAUGUAUCACUGUAUAUUAUUCAUUAGCCUCGCAUUACGCAUUAUUAUUAUGGCUAUCCUUGGUGGGCGUUGAUGUUGGUUUACGGUUGCUGGUGCUGCCAUUGGUCUGGCAUAGUAGGAAUGGAUUGUGGUCAAGUUAUUGAAGUAUUUUAUGACAGCAUCAUACUCGUCAUUUCCACUAAAAAGCUUAGCGCAUCUUCGUUCGGCCAGUGCAUACUUAAGACGCCACACAGUAAUAAGCAAAUGGUUACUUAUUUGUACAUCCAGCUGAAAGGUGUGGAAAAAAGGUGUUGAUGAAUACUUGCCUUGUGGAUCUUCUGUGGGCUCAGCUGAACGUAGAGACUGGUUCAUAUCCGCAUGUGUCGAACAUUGUGAAUGUUUAUGGUAUAUAAUAUAUUUGGUUGUAUCAGU